GACGACGUUCUGUUCUGCCGCGUCGGAGGGGUGCAGCCCGGCGUUGGGGAGCAGAAAGGACCCUCGAAGGGCUCUCCUGACGUUGACAGUCGACGAUUUAAAGCCCCGCUAGAAUUUGUAUGUGAAGCAUCCCCAGACCCUUCAGCCAGCUCAACAGCAGCUACUUCUCUGUGACUGGGUCCUGUUAAGGUCCUCCCAAGAAAGACUUCAUUGGAUCCACGCUCAAGAGGACUCUACCAGGUUUUCCUGACCCUUCUACAUCGCUAUAAAGUGCCAAAGCCUUAAGAUUUGGGUACGUGUGUUACAACGGCAAGAGGGCCAGCGCCUACCAAAGACCCUUUGGACCCGUCAGCUCCUCCGUUUCACCAAGCAGACGUAAUAACUUACCAGCAAAGCAGAGUAAGCCAGGUGCCUCUGCAGGAUACCACCAGCCAAUAACACACAAGAAAAAAUAACUUAGACUAGAACCCUGUCUUUUCUUGAGAAGCUGGGAUUUAAAGGAGCUAGUCUGAGAUCUGUGCUGCUAGUCAGUGGCUGAUAACAUCAUAGACUGGAUCAGUCCCUCAGUUCAGAGACUGGGUUGCAAGUGAGUGAAAAAUAGACAACGAAAUCUUGAAGAAGUGCAUGGAGGUACAAGCCAGAUAUUACCCUCUCCGAGGAAUGCUGGGUGGACUGAGAAAUUGCUAAGCCAAACCUGUGAGAGGACUGGUCAUUCGGGUGUCUCUCUUUGUCGUUGUUACCUCUUACUGUUACAUUGCUUUCUGUGUUACCUCUCUAGGUCCCAAUGUUCUCAGAUAAUUCACAUUGCCCUGACUGUGGACAGCAGUGGUUCCCUAGUUUAGAACUGGGCCACUGGUUGUACCAAACGGAACUGGUUGAAAAUGAGUGUUACCAAGUAUUCUUAGACCGCAUUAACAGAGCUGAUUAUUGCCCUGAGUGUUACCCCGAUAAUCCUGCUAAUAGAAGCCUUGUUCUUCCUUGGUCUUUCCCUCUUGAGUGGGCUCCCCAAAAUCUUACCAGGUGGACCUUUGAAAAAGCUUGCCACCCAUUUCUUCUGGGUCCUCCACUGGUUAGAAAAAGAAUACAUGACUCUAGAGUGGCUGGUUUUAACCCUGCAUUACAGUUAAUUCUGACCAGAACAGAUAAAACCUUGAACAAAAAGCUUGGCCAAAGCAAGUAACUUCUUAAAACAGUCAAAAUCAUGGAGACGCUAGAGGGUGUUGUGCUAGUAGCCCAAGGAGGAUGGAAAAAUGACUCCUUUCUAGAUCUGAUCCAGACUGUCACUACUUUGGGAAACUUCUUAAAUUAUUGGAUCUGCUUCCAGGGUCUAUGCCUCUCUUGUUCAGCAUGAGCAUAAUCAGUAUUCCAAGCCAGACUGUUAUGUAGAACCUGACUAAUCCAUGUUUCCUAUGUUUUGGAGUUAGCUUUUUCCUCUUAAAAGUCCCUACAGCCUAAUUAUUGACAUUAUGAUUUCACAGAAGUCCCGGAGGAGAAGCCCCAUACUCUGUGUACCAUAAUGAUAUUUCUAGUGAUAACUUCUGUGGGAAAGCAUCCUUGUAGCUGGAUUCUAGAUUAUUCCAGUAAAACAACUAGACACUUUAAUAAGAAACUACAUUGCUCUAAAUUUCACCUCUUAUAUAUUAAUCAGUGAUAAAUAUAUAUAUGUGUGUGUGUGUAAAAUUUAUUCAUCAUUGGCUCUGGCCCAUCCUCAGUGGGGCUUUGACAUUAUCAGUAACUGGUCACUGUCAGCAAAAUCACAUUUAAUCACACAACACCUAUCUAGGUUACAUAAAAACAGGCAGAAAUGCCACUGUUACAGUUUCUUGGCUCUACAUAAGCAAAGACUGUCCUGUCCUGUCUUUGUGGUGACUGAACUUAGAAUGCCCUCCCUGGAAAAGUACCUGUACUAGGAGCUAGGUGACAAAAGGGGGUAUUAGGCUUGAGUCCAUAUAUAUCAUGAACAGUUCAGAGGAAGCAUUUUUCUUAGAAGGUCUUACCUGACAUUGGCCUCCUUCUGGCCUUCACUUGUGAGAAUCCUGGAACUAGAGUUUGGGUUAAGAAACUUUUUGUAGAAAAUACUGUUGAAAACAUCUCAGAGGCCACUGAACAGUUUUAAAAUUCCACUUAAAAUGCUAGAUAAUCCAGUGCUUGUGUCGCAACUCUGUGUUGUUCUCAAGAGUCCCGGGUUCUUUCCAUCUUUCCCCUCUGGGAUCCUUAUCACGUUGACUUUUUGUCCUCAUAGUUGUUUCCUCAGUGAGUUCAGUGUGGCUUGUUGCUGCUCCAGACAUUUCUGUCCCAAUCAAAGGCUGGAAGUAGGGAGUAAACAAGUUUUCUCCUUUCAAGAGAGAAUUUGGGGAGAAAAUCGUUCUCAAAAGUCCCUUGCAGGAGUUCCCUUUGUGGUUCAAUGGGUUAAGACCCGACCAUUGUCUCUGUGAGGAUGCAGGUUUGAUCCCUGGCCUGGUUCAGUGGGUUAAGGAUCUGGCAUUGCUGUCAGCUGCAGCACGUGUCACAGUUGCAGUUCCUAUUCGACCCCGGCCCUGGAACUUCCGUGUGCCACAGGUGCGCCCAUAAAAACAAACAAAAAUGUCCCUCACAGAUUUUUUUUUUUCCUUACAUCUCAUUAGAAGGGACUGAUUCACAAGGGAGCCUGGGAAACCUGGAAAAGGGGAAAGGAGUUGGCAUUGCCUGAGCAGGACACAUUUUUCUCCCAUAAUUAAAUGAGGGCUCUUUUAGGAAGGAAGAAGUGAGGAAUGAAUGGCUGUGGGUGUGCAGCAAGUCAUGCCUGCCACAUGUUGUGAAACCUCAAGUCAUUUGUCAGUCUAUAUAAAGAAUGUACCCCAGAGACCUAUCUUGUAUCUGCCUUAUGUCUGUUAUGAUGGAAGUUUUCUCCUGUUCUAUUGCUAAAUAAACUUUGUGGACUGCUAAA